AUGUUUAAAGGUUAGUAAUCAAACGAAUUUAGAUGUCCAAAAUGCAGUUAGGAAGAAGAAAAGAAGUUAACAAUUGACAUCAAAAGAGGUAGAAUGGUGAACCAUUCUUCAGAUAAGUCAAAUAAAAUAUCAACAAGAUUAUAUACAAAAUUUUCUUUCCUGCCUAUAACGUUAAUACAAUUUUUCAAGAAAACUGGCAAUUUAUUCUUCCUAGCCGUAUCUCUUGUCAUGUUAAUAAGGAACUCUCUAUCGCCAUUUAAAUCAUGGAUUCUCAUUUCGCCCUUAAUUUUUUAUCUAAUCGUUUUUAUUCUGAAAGAAGGAUACUAUGAAUAUUUGCGCUACCAAAGCGAUAAAUGCUGGAAUGAUAGAAAGUGCAUAAGGGGCUUUCUUGAAGAUGUUUAGGUUUUGAAAAAAAAGAAAAACGAAAUUAAAUAGCUUUAGAAAGAAUUAACUAAACAUAAUACUCUAUCUAAAACUGAAACUUUAAAAAAUCCAAAUGCAAAUUAGGUUGGUUUCCUUAGAUCUGCAACUGCAGCAGUUCAUCAGAAGUAAACUGAUGUAAGCCAUGUAGAAGAAGUUAAAUGGGCUGAUGUUCAAGUAGGUGAUAUUUUAAGAGUUUAGCAUGGUGAGUAUGCUCCUGCAGACAUGAUAUUAUUAGAUUCAAACUUUAUCCGUGAUAAGCUUCCUGUUUGUUAUAUAAAUACAAUGCAGACAGAUGGUAAAGAAUGUAGCAGAGAAGUAAAAGCGAGUAUCUUAACAAGAAUUAGUUAAGUGAAAGAUCCUAAGAAAUCUUAUUUCAAUAAAUACAAAACAAAAUUGAACUUGAAGUUAAUUUAUGAAACUCCCAACCCAAACUUGGAGCAAUUUUAUGGAAACAUGCGUCUAAAAAAAGAUCCUAAGGAGGAAGAAUUAACAAUUCAAAACUUUAUUCCAAGGGGAUGUAAAAUUGAAAUGAAUAAAGAUAAAGAUUGGAUUUUCGGUUUAGUAGUUUAUACUGGAAUGGACACUAAAAUUAUGCUCAAUAAACCUAAGAAGACAUCUAAAUACUCCCAUAUUGAAAAAAUUACAAAUUAUUACUUCUUAGCUAAUAUAUGUUUUAUAGCAAUAUUGGCUAUUAUUAGUAUGAUCGUCAUUGUCGCUAAAUCAAAGGAUAUUGCAUUUUUGCUGAAGGUAGAACCAACGAUUUCAGAUAGUAUCAGGUUUUUCACUUAUAUCAUCCUUUACUCAUAAAUGAUACCACUUUCAGUAUACUUCAUAUUAGAUGUAGUGUAAUUAGGUUCAAGCUUUAUGACAGAAAAAAGAAUGAAAUAAGCUUCCGUCAAUAAAUUUGAUUUCUUCAAAAUUAAAAAUUCUGACUCACUAUGCAACCUUGGAUAAAUUGACUACAUUUUCAUGGAUAAAAUUGGUGUACCAUUUUAAGGCGAAAAGAAAAUAUGCUAGCUUUUAUUGCAGCAAGAUGACUACAUAUUCAAUCCAAAAGAACUUAAACAAGAAUUAGUAGAAAAAGAUUGGAAUAAAAUUAAAGACACAAAAUAUACUUAGUAAUCUCCUGUUGCGACUAAGACAAAUUUCAAUAAUAAUGAUUUCAAAGACAUUGAAGCAAAUAAAGUUGACACCACAAAUAUGUAGCUUAAUAAUAAUUUCAACUUUACUUAAAAAAAUGAAAUUAGUUUCAAUUAACUUAACACUGACAGAGACAGACCUUAAGAAAAAUUGGAGUCGAUUCCUUCAGAGCAUAACAUAGGAAGCGAGAAAAGAGAUGUUAAAAGUGGCAAGCCUAUUGAUAAUUAAAUUGUUUUUUCAAGAGAUAAACUAUACUCCUUUGAAUAUCUCUAAAAUAAACAAGAUGAAAAGCUUUAAUAAAAUGGUGAGAAUGUUAAAAAGUAUGAUGAAUAUGAAGCUAAUGAUGAAAUUAAUUUUAUAAAGGCCGACAGCAUAAAAAAAACAGAAAGUCCUUUACAAGUCCCUUAAAAACCUGAAGAUUUUACUUCAGCUAUUGAGAAGGAAUCUAAAUUGUCUAAAAAAUCAUAAAGUGUUCAAAAUUAAAAAGAAAUAACACAAUUUUAACAAAAGCAACAAUUAAAGUAGGAAGAUGGGACACAAACUUAAAAAGCUAACUAAGAACAAGAUAAAACUAAAAGACUUUUUAAUUCAUUGAAUAAUAAUAACAACACCACUUCUUCAUCUUAAAGUAAUCUCACUCCUUUAAAUAAACUUGGUACAGCUAAUUCUUCCAAUUAGGCUCUCAGCAAAAUUGGUUUAUCAUAUGAUAAAUCAGCUAUAGAUCCUUCAAAAAUAAACAGAAAUUACACUACUCAGAAAUUUGUGUAAAAGAUACAAGAUUUAUCUUCACUACCUGAAGAUCUGGUGUCUCUUGAUCCUGUAUCUCAACUAAUGAUCGCUAUGCUUUCAUGUAACAAUGUUUAGCUGUCUACGUUAGCAAACCUUGAAAAGCAAACAGUUAAUGAAGCCUCUUCACCAUUUGAUGAUUAAAUCAUUUAAUUCACUCAAAAGUCUGGAUUUAUCAUGAAAAGAGAUGAAAACAACUUCUACAUCAAUGCAUUUGGAAAAUAAAUUUUGAAGAUAACUGAGAAAAUGAUAAACUACCCUCGUUAAGAGAAAAAAAUAUUCUCCACUGUUGUUAAAAUUGAAGGUGAAUAGAGCUUGAAUUUCAGGGAAUCGAAAUAUUACAUUUACUGUAGAGGUGAGGCUAAUAUUAUAAGAAAUAAACUUUGGCAAAUAGAUGACUCUUACUUUGAUAGCAUUUCCACAGUAUUUAAAAAGAGGGGAGUUUAGCCUAUAAUAUUUGCAAGAAGAUAGCUACAAGGAGAAGAGUUAGCCAAAUUUUUAUCUGCAUAUAAAGGAUUCAAAAGUGAUCCUCAGAUCUAAGAAGAAGAAAUGAAAUAGCUUGGUAUUGAGUUUGAGCAUACCCUUGAAUAUAUUGGAACUAUUGGUUUGAUAGAUUAGAUUGACCCUAAAUCAUAACAGUUAUUCUAGUUUAUAUAAUAAGCAAAUAUAAAUACUUAUUUGCUUUCUUAUGAGAAUGUAGAUUCUACUUUUAACACAGCAAUAAAUUUGAGCUUGACUGAUGGCUAAGGUAAAAAUGCAAAUAAAGAAUAUUUCUGCAUUUCAGAAGAAGGUGUAGAUGAAAUUUGGUCUUAAACUAGAAGUAUUUUGAAUGAAUUAAAGGAGAAAUUUAGCAAAAAAGAAACAAAAUUAUUUUCAGUUACUAAUAUACAUGGCGAUUAAAAAGAAAUACACAAUACAAAUCCUAACUUAGAUGGAGAAAAAAAGCCUACAGGAACCUUAGCAUAAAUUGAAGAGGAAAAAGAUCAUUUAUAAAAUAAAAGAAACUCUGAUUCUAAUCCAGAGGGAGAUAAAAAGGCUCAGCAGAGUCCAGAAUAUGCAGGGGCUAAAAUGUCAAGCGAUGAUUAAAUAAAGAAAUCUUUUAACUAAAUUCCUGCUGACAAUAAGCUUGAUCCUGAGCAACUUAAGAUCAUUAAAGGAAUAUCAUUGAAAAAAUAUGAAUCAGAUAAAAGACAAUAAAAAUAUUAAUUAUAACUAAACGGAAAUAGUUUGUAAAAGAUUUUAAGAGAUAUUAAUCUACUCCAGCAUUUUGCUUUUAUUCUAUAAUUUUGCAAAGUUGUGAUAGGUUAUAAUAUGAGCCCUUACUUGAAAGGAGAGCUAGUCAAAGUAGUUCAGAAUUAUAUGUAAUUCAACCCUACUGUUUGUGCAAUAGGUGAUGGAUAUAAGGAUACUGACAUGAUGAGACAAGCUGAUAUUUCUAUUGAAUUAGUUCAUUAAAAAGAUAUUGCUGGCUAAUCUCCUAGUAGUCCUAAUAAAUAGGUGGAAAAUUUGAUUUAUAGCAAUACAGGAGAUAUCUAACUUUCUAAUAUUGAGUAAAUUUAUGAUCUCAUCUUAGUUGAGGGCACAAACACCUACUUCAAAUUAUAGAAUCUUAUCUUCUUUAUGUUUUACAAGUGCCUUCUUUUUGGUCUACCUCUAUUCUAUUUUAACUGGUAUUGUGCUUUCACCGGAACUUCGCUUUUCGAAUCACUUUGGGUAUUUUUGUACUAGUUCUUGUUUAACUUUAUUACAGUUUUCACAUACGGAAUAUUUGAGAGACCAUUUUCAACUGUGGUAUUAAAAACUUUCCCUUCGCUCUAUGUUUCUGGAUAGGUUGAAAAGGACCGUGUCUUUUCUAACUAUAUUGUUAAGUGCCUCAUCGAAGGUAUUAUACAAGGAACAAUUAUUUACUAUGUAAGUAUUUACAUUGUGUCCCGUUCAGUUAGUAAAUUUGGAGAAGUUUCAGAUUUUGGUAUGAUCUCCCUAGUUACAAUUUAUAGUAUCAUUUUAGUUUUCAAUUUUAGAGUUAUAUUUACUUCAAACACUUACUUAACAUGGAUUGGUUAAGCCUUUGCAAUAAUUUUUGUCGUGUGCUUUAUUUUCGCCAACGGUUCAUAAACUUUUAGUGUCUAUAACUGGGUAGUCGUUACUGAUUAAAUUUUCAAGCGUGGGGAUUCUUUUUGUGCAAUCAUAUUUAACUGUAUAACUUGUAUCAUAGUAUCUCAUUUUUUUAAUCUUUUCAUUAUUGAAGUCUUUUUCCCUAAUGUGUAUUAAGCUAUGGGAUAAAAAAUCCAAGAAGAUGAAGAGAAUGACUGGAGAGUUCUCACCAAUGAAACAGUUCUAGAGUGCAGUUUAAAUAGAAAAAUAGACUUUAGUAUCUUAAUUAAAAAGGUUUUUAGCAAAUCAAGCACAAUUGAACCUUCAGUACGAGAUAUGAUAAAUGCAAGCGAUUCAGAUCUAAGUGAAAUGUAGAUGCAUAGAUGGAGUCUUAAAUUUUAGGAUGAGAAGCAUGAAGUAAAAUAUAAAUAUGAAAGAACCCAAUCUAGUUCUCAGACUUUCAGACUCGUUUAUAUUUUAAAUAUGCUUCCUAUGGCAAUAUAUGUUUUGAUUGACUCACUUACAGAUAAAAGCCUUGAUUAGAUUGUAGGAUUUAUUAGAGCAGGUUUUGUUAUAUUCUUUUUCCUCUGUACUAUUUUAGUGCUGCACUAGUCUUUCCAAAAUAAAUACUACUCUUUUUCAUUUUUCUUAUUACUGCUUGGUGUAAUAUGCAAAAUCGUACUAGAUUGGAUACAGACCGAAUUUUCUAUUGCUAUGACAACUGUGAUAGCAACUUGUCUUUUAACAUUUAAUUUUAAUUUAGGUACUAUUCAUACUUUAUUCCUUAAUCUACUCAAUUCAGUAAACUUUAUCAUACGUAUUGUGGUUUUGUAUUAUGCUGAAGGGUAUAACAAAGUUAAUGUGAACGAUAACAGUUAGAGUGAUAAAACAACAUUGAGAAAGUUCUUUGCUAUCGCUUCUUUUAUAAUUAUGGUAGUAUAUGUCUUCCUCAUUUCAGUUUAUGUUUACUAUAAGAGUGAGAGAGAGAAAAGAAAAUAUUUCAUUUCUUAAUAGACAAUAAAAAUACAAAAGACAGAGAAUGAUAAUUUGCUUUCAAUUUUAGUUCCUAAAUUCGUAUAAAAUAAGCUUAAUUCUGGCAAGUUCGAAAUGGCUGACGAUCAAGAUGAAGUUGCUAUCUUGUUUGCUGAUGUUUGUGAUAUGGAUGAAAUCAUGGAAAAAGAAGGAAAUAACAUUGUUUACCUAAUUGACGAUCUUUUCAGAGCAUUUGAUUUCAUCUGCGAAAAGCACGGUGCUUAAAAGAUUGAAACUGUUGGUAAAACUUAUAUGGCUGCUACUGGUAUUAUUGAAUGUGAAGUCGAUUUAGAUAAUAACUUGAAAUAGAAAGGAAAAGGUGUGAGACUUCUAAAUAUGGCAAAAGAAAUGAUUGAUGUAGCAUAAAAUAAGAAAUAUGGUAAUGGAUAUAAAUCAUUCUGCUUGAAGAUUGGUAUUAAUAAGGGUAAAGUUAUGGCUGGUGUUAUAGGUAAUCCCAAACCUCAAUUCUCUUUAAUAGGCGAUACUGUAAAUACUACUUCUCGUAUUUGUGCUGAAAGCAAACCCAAUGAAAUUUUAGUCUCAGAAUCUAUUAAAGAAGAAGUUAAGAGCAUGAAAUUCAAAUUAGUUCCCCAUAAAUUUACUCCUAAAGGUAAAGCUGAACUUUGUGCUUAUUUCAUAAAAGAUUUGUAGACAUCUGCAAUUUUCCAUAGUGCGUUAGGAAAAAUCAAUAGAAAUAAACUAUUGGCUUCUGCUAAUAAUCAAAUGGCACCAAGACACUCUUUAACUAAUACAGGUGCAGGUUAAACUUUAGCAUAGAAACAGAAUAAUGUCGUUAAUUUAAUCUUCAAAUCUGUACAAACUCCUAAAGCGAAAGUAACUGCACUAAAAACUCAAAAAUCCAAACAAUUAGAUAAUAUUCCUUCUUCUAGACAGAAUGGAGCCAAUGCAGAAAAUGGAAGUAAGCCAGGAUCUUAAAAAAAUAUUAAUGUAGAUUAAGUUGUUAUCAAUGGAGUAGAAGAACAUCACACUCAAUAAAAUAAUUUGGAAACUAUAUACGAUGAUGACUAUGACUCUGAUAGCGAUUUCGAUGAGAAUGAAUUCUCUGGAGAAGGAGAUUUAAAAUAUAAUGGAUUGCUUAUGAUUAAAUAAUCAGUAAGUGAUGAAACAGUUUUUAAAUUUAAAGAUAAUAUAAAAAAAGACAACAUCAAGAGUAAUAAGAUAAUGGUCUUGCUCCUUAUCUUACUAUACUUUAUGAGUACCUUGAUUUUAAUUACAGUUAAGGAUAUCAUCGAUAAUUCUUCAGCAAUCUUUGUUUUAAGAGCAAUCUUCUGUGGAGCUUUAAUCAUUAUAGUUGUUAUACAACCUCUAGCUUAUAGCAUGCAAAUAUACAAAUAUCUAAUGUUUGGAUUAUUCCUUUAUGGAAUAGUUCCUACUUUUAUACAAGCUGAUUUCAGCGAUUAUGAAGAUCUUAUCAUCAUAUAAAUUAUUGAAAUGCACUGCAUCUUCACAACUGUUUCCUACUUAUGCGCUUUCUAAUUCAUAGAUGUUGUCAUUUACUCACUUGCACAAAGCUGCUUGUUUAUAGGUCUAGUUUGGAAUUAUCUUAAUCUAAGUUAUUGCUUCUUCUUCUUUACAUACAUAGCUUUUAUAUUACAAAAAUCAUACAGCAACCUCCGUUCCUAGUACAAGAGCUUUAACUUCUUGUCAAAGAUUAGUUCUAAAAAGAAUAGAAUGAAAGAAUUAGUCGACUAACUCCUUCCUGCUGUGGCUCUCAAUAAAAUGAGAAACUAAGGAAACUUUAGUGAUAAAAAAGGAUUAACAGAUUGUUUUGAUGAUGUCACAGUCCUCUUUGCUGAUAUAAAAGGAUUUACAGAAUUCUCUGAUAAAGUUGUAGAUCCUAAGAAAGUACUACUUAUGCUUAAAAAUUUAUUCGAAUCUUUCGAUGGUCUGUGUGUGAAACAUCAAGUUUUUAAGUUAUACACUAUUGGUGAUUGUUAUGUAGUACUUAGUUUUAUCACGGCUGAAAGACAGGACACAAUAGCUGAAAAAAUUGAAGAAGCUAAAAAAGUAAUUAACAUGGGUCUAGAUAUGAUUGAGACAAUUAACAUUAUUAAAGGUACUGCAUAUCCCUUCUUGAAUAUGAGAAUUGGUAUUCACACAGGUAAAAUAAUUGGUGGUAUUAUGGGUACAGAUGUAGUCAGAUACGAUGUUUAUGGCAAGGAUGUUAUGAUUGCUAACAAGAUGGAGUCUAAUGGUGAACCUGGUAAAGUAAUGAUCAGUGAAAGCACCAAAUAAAUGCUUGAAAAAGGAGAAGUCAAUGAAUAUAAUAUAACUGAAGGUAAUGAAGUAAGUGUAAAAGGAAGAAACGAACCUAUCAAAGGGUACUUUAUUACAAAAAAGACUGAUUAAUUGUGA